AUGUCGACGAAAUACGCAUUCCUAUCUUUGCCCCAGGGCGUCUUUGACUCGAGCGAUCGCGAUGAUUCCAUAUCAUCAUUGCGCGGGACAAUCUCGUCCGACAAUGGGUCCGUUCUGCCUUUCAACAUCCCCGACUUCAAGAUCGGCACUCUGGAUGCCCUGGUGCAACAGGCAGAUGAGCUUACCAAGCUCGAGGCGUCAUGCCAGGCUGUUGUGUCCAAGGUCGCCGAUUCUCUGAAGAAUGUGCUCGAGGGUGACGAAGAUCGUAUCGCCCAGUAUAAGAUGGUCAACGAUAAACCCACUGAUCAAUACGAAUUAGCUAACGUUGAUACCGACGUUAAGACAAAGUUUAAUCAGUAUAACUCUGUCAAGACAAACCUUGCGGCUCUGCAGCGCCGCCAGACCGGCAACCUCUCUACCAAGUCCUUGACCCCCAUUGUCGACCCGAAACUUCUUGUGCAGGAUUCUGAGUACAUCGAGACACACCUCAUUGUUGUUCCUGGCAAUGCAAAGAAGGAUUUCAUUAAGGAGUAUGAGACAAUAUCACCCAUGGUUGUGCCACGCUCGGCUGUCGAGGUGGCCAAGGAUGACGAGUUUGUUCUCUUUGCUGUGGCGACAUUUAAGAAGCAUAGCGCCGAAUUCCUCGCCAAGUGCCGAGAACAGAAGUGGACGCCCCGUCAGUACAAGUACGUUGAAGGUGGUCGACAAGAAGAGCAAAGAGAGCUCGAUCGAGUCACCAAUGAAGAGCGCAAGGUUUGUGGCGAGGCUCUGCGUAUGGGACGUACGGGAUGGAGUGAAAGUGUCAUGAUCUGGAUACAUGUUAUGACAUUAAGGGUCUUUGUUGAGGCAGUGCUUCGCUAUGGCCUGCCUCUAGAUUACGUAUCGGUCCUGGUCAAGACUACAUCCAAGCUGGCGCCCAAGGUCAAGGCUGCACUGGACUCAAGCUACUCGUUCCUGGGCGGCAAUGCCUUUGGACGGGACAAGCGAGGCAAGAUUACCAAGGACGACGCUGCGCUGAGCUCGGAGAUGGCAGCCGCUGGUCUUCAGACUGGCGAGGGACACGAAUACACGGCAUACGUAUACUACGAGAUCGAGUUUCCUUAG